ACACGCAGUAAGCUCACUCGCACGCGCGCACGCUGGGGAUUUCCACCCAAGCGCUUGUUUCCUUCACUUGUUUUGCUUUCGAUCUGAAGAGCGAAAUCAAUCCCAUUUGACUUUUUGUUUUGUUAUCGAGAACUACAAAUUGUCAAGACUCUUCAUACAGUCUUUGCUUUUAUUCCUGGAGUGAUUUCUACGCGUCGCAGGCCAGCAUGCCGGUGGAGAGAAUGCGAAUGAGACCAUGGUUGGAAGAGCAGAUAAAUUCUUGUAAAAUACCGGGCCUCAAAUGGGUCAACAAGGAGAAGAGAAUAUUCCAGAUUCCAUGGAUGCAUGCUGCGCGACACGGCUGGGACGUGGAGAAAGAUGCGCCGCUCUUCCGAAACUGGGCCAUCCAUACAGGGAAAUAUCAACCAGGUGACAAACCGGACCCCAAAACAUGGAAGGCAAACUUCCGCUGUGCGAUGAACUCCCUGCCUGACAUCGAGGAGGUGAAAGACAAAAGCAUAAAAAAGGGAACAAACGCCUUCAGGGUAUACAAGAUGCUGUCAUCGUCCGAACGGCAUUCAAAGAGAGGAAAAAAGAGAGGGAUUGAAAAAGAAGAAAAGAUAAAGGCAGCGCGACCAUGCCCUGCACCUUCGAGUUGGGAAAACAGUAACGGCUCUUCGUCGUGUAAAACCCCAGUCACAAUCAAACAGGAGGCAGAUUACUCUGGUACAGAGGCUGGUGGGCGGAGCCCAGGGGACGACCACCUGAUCAUCAACGAUCUGCCGGACGUGUGUCAGACCAUUGAGGUGGUGACGGAGAAUGAGGAGCAGACCGUGACCUCCAGUGACCUGUACCCCUUACAGAUCUCCCCCGUCUCCUCGUAUGGAGCAGAGAGCGAUACAGACAGCGCCAGUGAGGAAGACUCCAAAGAGCGUAUUCAGGCCGCUCUAUUUGGACAUGAAGACAAGAAGGUGAGGAUGGCGCUGCCUGGCAUGUCCACUUUCAUUUCUACCGACAAGACCAACUUCAAGAUAACCACUGUCCGAGAACCCGCAUCUUCACCCUUGCACACCCCCUUCACUGGUGGGCCGACCUGGAGCCUGUUAAACACCCCUUUGCCCUCAUCCUCCCACAGCCCCGGACCCUCCAGCCAGAUGUCGGUCCACGAAAAGCGUGCCAGUGUCAUCAUGAAAACCUCAGACGUGUCCAAAUCCUCCGUCAAGACUUGCUGAUCAAACUUGCACGUGACGUCCAGCCGGACUCGUCGAGAACACUAUCAUUGCCUUUGAUAAAGGACCUACUAGCUCACAGGACAGCGAUGGACCACCCUACGGGAGGUUGACCCAAUGCUCCCUGACAGGAAGUGACACGUGAGCUGAAAUUCAGGGAGUUUUUGAGUGCAGUGACGUGUAUCCGUAAGCUGCUGUAGUGACCCGCAAGCCAUUGUGAAUGUGUAUAUAGAGGGAUCAUUGCCUAAUUGCCUUUAGUCGCCCGAGCACCUUAUGGAUGAGCACUGGCUGCCAUAAUCAGUGACUUUUGUAGCUCGCAAUCAAGGAUAGACAUUUUACAAUAAAUGGCAUAAAUUUAACUUAUCUUAAGACCUUCAUUGUGAGCGAAUCCAUUUUUAUACCUUAGGGAUCUUUAUGCAAUGGAUAGUACAUACCAUUAUACAUUAUGUACCCUGUAAUGUAAGAAAUCCUGUGUGAAUUUGUGUCAGUUUGUGGUUUUUAUGACAAAACAAAGCACUUGUUUUUAUGAUUUUCUUUUUUUUUAAAGAAAAUUUUAAGUUAGAACCUUUUAAAGUGUCUCUUUCUUCUGUAUAUGUGAAUGUAAAGAUCUAAAGUAUAUGUUCUGCUUGUCUUGUGUCUACAUAUGUUCAUUUAAGUCCCAGAUAAUGUGUGUGUAUAUCUUUAUACACAUUCAAGGGCUUCUUUAAUGAUUUCCACAAGAUUUUGGUGUAUAACAAUCAUGUGAUCAUAGGAAUAAAUGAUAGACACUGUUUGGGUCCGAUUGCA